CUACGAUAUCAUGAGAAAACGAUGCGUGCAUUCAGGGGAAUCGCGUGAUCGCGGCCCUUUACGGCAUUUCCUCCAGCAUUUACACGUUGUUGAUCAUCAACGGAAACAGAAAUAAUCCGUAUUUGUUUUGCUUUUAUUUGCCAAAUAGGCUAUUUUAAAUGUUGAAUUGAGCUGAAAAAAUUGUUGUUACGAAAAAUUUUAUUUAUGAAAAUGUUUAAAAAUGAAAGUGAACACUGCAAAACCAGAACAAGUAACAGAAGGGCAUCAUUGGAUUACUACAUCGCUUCUUGUAAUCGUUUUUGGAAUUUUUAUAGUAGCCGUUUUCUGGAUUAGGAAAUGUAGACAACAGGGAAGCGGCCAAAAGCAUGAAUACAGCGCCCUAAAGACCGAUGGAGGAGUCGAGAAAUUUCGCGAAGAACGACAAAUUCGUAAUGGAGCGUUCAUCACGUGUAGAAAUAAUCUUCAGAACAACGAUAGAUACGAAUUAAAAACUCAAUUAGAUAUUAUCGGAUCUAGACCCGACAAACACUGGUUUAUCGUCCAAGAUAACAUUCUAGGAGCAGAAAGACUGUUAGCUUUACUACCUCUUCCGUCAAAUUGUCCCAUAAGUCCGUCCCAAGCGACAAAAGAUACACUUUUAGCUUUAUUCAGGGGAUUGCAACAUCCCUAUAUUCAUCCAAUUCUGGACAUAGAAUUUUGGGAUGCCGGCGCUGCCGUUAUAACCCCUUUAAAUCCCACCGGAAGUCUAAAAGAUUUAAUUUACGGGUCUGCGUGGCAUGAGGAUUAUGAGAAAAAGUACACGUCCAAAAGUGAAGGACUUUCGUUGAGAACAAUACAAUGUCUGGGUCGUCAAAUCUUGGAAGGUUUACUUUUCUUGAGGAAUCGAUAUUUUCCACAAUUAUAUCAUCUGCAUUCAGGUAACGUUAUAAUUCAAAACGGAGUAGCUAGAUUAGCUGGUUUAGAAAAUCCUCUACUGGGUUUGAUACCGAAACCACCAUCUGCUCCCGAAACUCUUUCUUUCGGUUACCUACUUUUUGAAAUGACAGCUGGAUACGAGCUUCCAGAACCUCCUACGCCAGCUCAUCUACAACUCGAAUUAGAAAGAGCACCAAAGGUAGCUGAAACUCUCGAUUAUAUUUUUCAAACAUCCAGAACUCCAACGUUAGAUGAAUUAGUAAGGUGUGACCUUUUUCGUGGUGUGGAAUUAAGAGAGCUGAGAGGUGCCAGUAUAAUUCAAAGUACGUCUAAUUCAGAUGUCUUGGAUCUUCUAGAAUCUGUUAAAAAUCCCGUACCGCCGUCCCCUUUAAGACGAAAAGAUGUAGUAGUGGUGAUAGAAGAGACGAGGUUAGAAGACAUUAUAGAAGAAGAAGACAACGAAGACAGUGAUUGUAGUGUUAUAGAGACUAGUAAGACCAGAAAUCGGUAGUACUCUAAAUUUGUUAUUUGUAAUGCUAGAGAUUUAGUAUGUAUUUUCUCAAUUAGAAUUCUUAUUAGAAAUUUUAUUGUCGGAUCAAUUUACAUAAAUCGAGUUCUAUGAAAUCAUUUUAUGACGUCUCUUUGGCGAAGUUUUUGAAUAUUUAUAUGAUAAACGAUCCCUUAUUGAUUGAUAAUUGUUCCUUUGGGAAAUUUUUUUAGUACUGAGGAUGAGUAGGUGCCGAAAUAUUUCAUUAAAUUUAAUCUUCAUUGUUAUCAAUUUAUUUUUCUAUAUACUCAAUGAACAAAAUAUGUACUAUGUGAGUUCGAACCUACGGACGCCAUAACCUUUCCAGUCGAAUGUUCCCUUUGUAUUCACUUCUGAUGACACUCAAAUUACUGCAGUUUUGAUUCGGGUCUAUAGUGAUGAAUCCAGAUCUCAUCCAUAGUCAUAAAUGUGGAAAAUUGUUUGAAUUUUGCUUGAACAGCUUCAAACAAGAUUCCGAAUCAUCAUUCCGUUGAUGAUAUUGUUUUAAUGUUACAAAACGUGGUGCUUAUUUCUAAAGAAGCUUCCUCAUAAUCUUAUACUUAUGUUUUACAAAAUGAUAUCUUUAUGAUAUGUUCUAUCUCUAUUAAAUUCACCUUAGCGGUUUGCUGUUAGUAUUUUAAAUUGUUUUUCAAGAGAAAAAUCAUCAUAACACUUUUUUAACGGAACAUUGUUUAUUAUUUAGAAGAUUCUAGCUAGUUAACUAUUAUUUUUUUGUCGAUCAAACCAAGAGCUUAUUGAUCUAUGAUAUAUGUUAGUUGAAAAUUUUUAAAUAUGUACUUAGGUCCUUGUGCUAUAGAGGAGCAAUUAGGAUUUGAAAACCCUCAGCAAUUUUUAGUGUUCAUCAAUCAGAAAAUGUCUCCAGAAGCUGUUGUUUUGGGAAUUAUCCUUUGCUCCUUUUGUAAGCUUCAUAAUGGAACCUACUGGCUUCAACAUUGACUCCAAUAAUUCCUUAUUAUACCAAUUUUUUAGAAUAAUUUUGACCUUAAGUUUUACUUGGUUAUUUUUUCAUGUUAUUUACUUUGUCUUCAAUGAAUUCGAUAUUGUUGUAUUUUGAUCCAACAUUAUCUUAGUGUUCUUAGUAUAAUUUGCUGAAAUUUUGAAAAAUGCUGUGCCGUAGCUUUGACCCAUUCGUUGUGGCCAAAUAAUGGACCAUAUUUUUCGAUAAAAAUGAAACGUUGUUAUAUUCUAAUAAUAAUGAUCAAAUACUAUUUUCUUACUCAUGCACUAAAUAUAAAGAACGCCCUAGAAAAUAAUUGGGGUUGAAGCUGAUAUAUUACCGGUUACAGAAAUUCCAGCUUUUAAAGAUACAAUAAAUAGUUGAUUUCAAAUAUUUUUCAAAAUCUUGUAUCACCAUAAGAAUUUGUAAGCAAUUCAAAAUUUCAUUGCUGGGGAUUCAGCAAACCUGAACGAUUAUCAAAUUUCCACGACUGCUUAUACUUUAAACGAAUAACCUCAGUUUUGUCAGUGUAUAAAAAUACAUUGAUUUGAAUAAGAUCAUACUGUUUUAAAAAUUUUUGUUAAUUUCAUUGAAUUUUCAAAAUAUUGAGCGUAAAGUUUAUAAUUGUAGUAACAAUCGCGGUCACUCAACAAAAUUCAAAUACACUGAGUACAUGUCGAAUGAUUGACAACCUUAUGAGGUAUUCAUUAUUUAUAAUUGACUGUUUUUCUUGUAUAAGGAUCCUUCUAAAUAGUAUUCCAAUCAAAAUAAGAUCUCUUAUUUCCUAUUAGUGAAAUUGGAUAUAACCUUAUAAGCUUACAAUAUUAUUUUAUGAGAAUAACUGAAAAAUAUCACAACGCAAAAUAUUUCUUCAUAUAAAAUUCUUCCACUUGCUACUGCGGCGCCACCUUAAUUUGCUUGCCUCUACUCUACAUAAUUUGAUUUUAAGAGAUAGUUUUCUCCUCGAAGCUUCAGUACUUCACGGAUAGAGGGUGUCCUAAAACAAUUCAAACCAUAAGAUCUUAAUUUUAUUUUUUACGGAUAACGUUCUUUGUGUGAAUUUUUUAUUUGAUUUUCAUUAAAGUUUUUAAAUCUAAUGUGACGCCAUAUUUUCAAUCGUAUUAGGGAAGUGUAAUUAUGUAGGAAUCUGUAAAUUAGAUGAAAUCUGUAAGCCUUCAUUCAUAUGAAUUGGAAAGUUGUUUAUCGUUAACCGAUGAAAAUGAUUAAGUAAAAAAUCAUUCUUUUAAUUAUUCUAUAUUUCGACAAAAAAAUAAUAAAUUUCAGGUGACUUCUGCACCGUUUUUAACUAACAGUUGUUAGUUCAUGUUAUACCUAGUGAUAUUUUUCACAAUUUUAUUUUAAACUUUGUGUUUGGUAAUAAUAAAAAAGGUGAUACAAAUUAAAGGCAAUAAAUAUGAAUGUUUAAUGUGACAGAUACGUAUCCAGAGCCGUCCUCUUGUCUGCUUUCAUCGUUUUCUUCUGUUAUAGUCCAUCUGCUUCUCGAACUUGGAUAAAAAUUAUGAAAACCAGAAAAAAGUCAAAGUACAGUUUUGUUAAUUCCAUGAAUGAUCAAACGUAAAACAGAAAAUCAAUAUUCAGAGACAAUCGUGUAAAUUAUAUAAAGUUUGCAUUAUGUUAAAUUCGUAGUUGUUAAUCUUUGCAAUAAUUCAUAGUGUUGUUUGUUUGAAAUUUAAUAAAAAUAAAACAAAUCUUCUGAAAA